GGCGCCCUCUCUAUUGACAUUUUUAAAAUAACCAAAUUGUAAAGAUACAGCGUCCAGGUUGCCGUAUAUGGUCAUAAUCACUUGAAUAUAUUAAAAUUUAACUUUCUUACUCGACCCGUUUAAGUUUUAGAGAAGGAUGUCGGCCCCCGGUCGCAAGAAGAAGCACAAUUUGAAGCUCCAAGUCAGUGACGAGGCACCCCCAAUAAUCGCCCCAGCUAACUUGGAUAAGAGGACAACCAUAACAAUCGGCGACCGGACAUUUGAUGUUGAAGCGGAUGAUUUGGAAAAAAUUGCGGAUUUGGGUCGGGGGGCUUACGGUAUAGUUGAGAAAAUGCGACAUGUACCGAGUGGGACAAUAAUGGCCGUGAAACGUAUCGCUGCCACUGUAAAUACCCAAGAACAGAAAAGACUGCUUACUGACUUAGAUGUGUCAAUGAGGAGCAGUGAUUGUCCAUAUACAGUACAGUUCUACGGGGCGUUGUUCCGCGAGGGAGACGUUUGGAUUUGUAUGGAGGUGAUGGACACGAGUUUAGAUAAAUUUUACGCAAAAGUGUACAAACACGGUCGGCGAAUACCCGAGGAUAUGUUAGGAAAAAUCACUUUCGCCGUAGUCAGUGCCCUCCACUACCUCCACACCAGAUUACGGGUCAUCCACCGGGAUGUCAAACCAUCAAAUAUCCUUAUUAAUAGACAGGGAGAAGUCAAAAUGUGUGAUUUUGGGAUUAGUGGAUAUUUGGUAGACUCCAUUGCCAAGACUAUAGAUGCUGGGUGCAAGCCGUACAUGGCUCCUGAAAGAAUAGACCCCCAGGGAAACCCCUCACAGUAUGACAUCCGUUCCGACGUUUGGAGUUUAGGGAUAUCACUGAUUGAGUUGGCAACGGGUCAAUUCCCCUAUCCUAGAUGGGGCUCUCCGUUCGAACAGUUGAAACAAGUGGUCACCGAUGACCCCCCGAGGUUGCCUUCAGGUCAGUUCACGGCCGAAUUCGAAGACUUUAUUUCGAAGUGCUUACAAAAGAAGUACACAGACCGAUCAAAUUACGAACAGUUGUUAAAUCACGAGUUUCUGCUCCAACACAAGGAGACAAGCACGGAUUUUUCGUCGUUUAUUUCAGAGAUUCUAGAUUUACCCGAGAAUCCCUGAGAUUCGUGCAAUAUUUCUUAAUUUAGGAAUAUUUUUUUUAUUUCAAUAAGAUUUUAAUUUUAAAGGAGUCUUCGUUUCUUUGUAAACUUUCUUGUUAUCGACUAAAGUACAAAGUGACAUUGAGUUUUUAUGAACAAGUUAUUGAAUGCACGAUAGAAAUUUUAAACACUAUAUUGUUCUAGAGUAAGAGUUCACAUAGUGUUCGUCGAUAAUUGCCUAAUAAUCCUAGUUACAAAGUCAAUUAAACCGUAGCGAUAGGAUUAGUAACUGAAUCUUUUUUUUUUUAUUUUAAUUUUUUAUUUUGCAUCACAUGAUUUUAAAAUGAAUUAUUAGCUCCUUAAUUUGCUCAACACUCUUUUAAACUAUUCUCAGUAUGUUGAUUUUAUUAAUUUAUUUUAUUUUCUUACUAGUAUUACUCAUGUUUUAAUCAUUAGAGUUGUAUGAUUUUAAUUUUAUUGUGAAGCGUGUGAUAAUAAAUUAGUACACUUAA